UAUUUUCAUCGCAUCUAUCGCGCACGUACUGGAAGGAUUGGUGUUGUUAUUUGUAUGAGAAGAUAACGCACGGAGAAGGAGACUGAACGAGGAAUAGAAGAAACCGAGCGGAUGCGCCUCACCAUGCCCCCAGUGUGACAGUAGGCUAGCUGGUCCGGCUCCUGGAGCAGGAUGUCAAUAUGGCUGCCCAGCUGCUCGUUCCUCCUGGACCUGACAGCUUCCAGCCCUUCCGUCCAGAAUCACUUGCUGCCAUCGAGCGGCGCAUCGCUGAACAGGCGGCUCAGCGGUCCAAAAACGAUAGACGUAAUGAUGAAGAUGACGAGAACGGACCCAAGCCCAACAGCGACCUGGAGGCGGGGAAAUCCCUUCCUUUCAUCUAUGGGGACAUCCCACCUGAGCUGGUGUCUGUUCCACUAGAGGACCUGGACACCUUCUACAGCAACCAGACAACCUUCAUAGUAUUAAAUCGUGGAAAAGCCAUAUUUCGCUUUAAUGCCACGCCUGCCCUCUACAUCCUGAGUCCAUUCAACCCUGUGAGGAGACUCUCCAUUAAAGUGCUGGUGCAUUCCAUGUUCAGUCUUGUGAUCAUGUGCACCAUUUUGACCAACUGCGCCUUCAUGACGCUCAGCAGUCCACCGGAUUGGGCCAAGAAUGUGGAGUACACGUUCACAGGAAUUUACACAUUUGAGUCUCUGAUUAAGAUCCUGGCCCGUGGUUUCUGUGUGGGGAAGUUUACAUUCCUGCGAGACCCCUGGAACUGGCUGGACUUCAGUGUCAUCCUCAUGGCGUAUGUAACUGAGUUUGUAAACCUAGGCAAUGUAUCAGCUCUGCGCACUUUCAGAGUGCUCAGAGCAUUGAAAACAAUCUCAGUUAUACCAGGUUUGAAGACAAUCGUUGGUGCUCUUAUCCAGUCAGUUAAGAAGCUGUCGGAUGUGAUGAUCCUGACUGUCUUCUGUCUGAGUGUUUUUGCGCUGAUUGGCUUACAGCUGUUCAUGGGAAAUCUCCGGCAAAAAUGUGUUAGAAUGCCUCAAAACGGCACAGAAGCAAACUUGACCACAGUGUUUGACAUCGGCACUGGCAAUGAGCUGUUUAAUAAUACCUUCAACUGGACUGAAUACAUCAGUGACAAGAAUAAUUAUUAUUAUCUCCCAAACAGCAGAGAUGCCUUGUUGUGUGGGAAUGGCAGUGAUGCAGGGCAGUGUCCAGAGGGAUUUAGUUGUAUCAAGGCAGGCCGUAACCCUAAUUAUGACUACACGAGUUUUGAUACAUUCAGCUGGGCCUUCCUCUCUCUCUUCCGCCUCAUGACACAGGACUUCUGGGAAAAUCUCUAUCAGCAGACCCUGCGUGCUGCAGGGAAGCCAUACAUGGUGUUUUUCGUGCUGGUGAUCUUCUUGGGCUCCUUCUACCUGGUAAAUCUGAUCUUGGCUGUGGUAGCCAUGGCCUAUGAUGAGCAGAACCAGGCUACUAUUGAGGAGGCACAGCAGAAAGAGGAGGUGUUCCAGGCCAUGCUGGAGCAGCUCAAGAGACAGCAAGAAGAGGCACAGGUUGCCGCGGCAGCAGCGACUGAGAGCGGGGAGUACAGCGGCGGGGGUGGCCUGUCGGAGGAAAGUUCCUCCGGGGGAUCCAGACUCUCCUCGAAAAGUGCCAAAGAAAGACGGAACCGAAGAAAGAAGAGGAAACAGAGGGAGGAAGAGGAGGAAAAAGCUGACCAGGAGAAAUUCCACAAAUCAGAAUCAGAGGACAGCAUCAGACGCUCUGGAUUUCGCUUUUCCCUGGAUGCCAACCGGCUGUCCUAUGAGAAAAAGUGCUCCACCCCAAAUCAGUCUCUUCUCAGUAUCCGUGGUUCUCUCUUCUCCCCAAGAAGAAACAGCCGGGCGAGUUUGUUUAGCUUUCGUGGGCGAGCGCGGGACUUCGGUUCAGAGAAUGAUUUUGCGGAUGAUGAGCACAGCACGUUUGAGGACAGUGACAGUCGUCGGGGGUCACUCUUUGUACCUCGACGUAUUGAGAGAAGGAACUCGACAGUCAGUCAGUACAGCCUCGCUGCACCGCGAAUUAUGCUGCCAGCCAAUGGGAAGAUGCACUGCACUGUCGAUUGUAACGGAGUGGUGUCGCUGGUGGGCGGGAACUCUGUGCCUACAUCACCAAUUGGACGACUGCUGCCAGAGGGUACGACUACAGAAUCAUCAGAGGCUCGUAAGAAGCGAUCAGGUUCUCACCAGGCAUCCGAAUACCUGGAUGAUGCUGCUGCAAGAAAAAGAGCUUUGAGUAUGGCCAGUAUUCUCACCAACACCAGGGAGGAGCUGGAGGAGUCUCGACAGAAGUGCCCCCCCUGCUGGUACAAAUUUGCCAACAGCUUUCUAAUCUGGGACUGCUGCCAACUCUGGCUGAAAGUGAAGGAGCUGGUCAACAUGGUGGUGAUGGACCCAUUUGUAGAUCUGGCAAUUACCAUUUGCAUUGUCCUUAACACUCUUUUCAUGGCUAUGGAACACUAUCCCAUGACCAAAGAGUUCAACGAUGUGCUCUCCGUUGGAAAUCUGGUGUUUACAGGGAUCUUCACAGCCGAGAUGUGUUUAAAGGUCAUCGCUCUGGACCCAUACUACUACUUCCAGGAAGGAUGGAACAUUUUUGAUGGCAUCAUUGUGAGCUUGAGCCUGAUGGAGCUGGGCCUCGCCAAUGUGGAGGGUCUCUCAGUGCUCAGGUCAUUCCGACUGCUAAGAGUCUUUAAACUGGCUAAAUCGUGGCCCACUCUGAACAUGCUAAUCAAGAUCAUCGGUAACUCUGUGGGUGCCCUUGGCAACCUGACCCUUGUCCUGGCUAUCAUUGUCUUUAUCUUUGCCGUGGUGGGCAUGCAGCUGUUUGGGAAGAGCUACCGUGACUGUGUGUGCAAGAUUGCAGAAGAUUGUAAUCUGCCCCGGUGGCACAUGGUGGACUUUUUUCACUCGUUUCUAAUUGUCUUCCGUGUGCUGUGUGGCGAGUGGAUUGAGACAAUGUGGGACUGCAUGGAGGUGGCUGGCCAGAGCAUGUGUCUCAUUGUCUUUAUGAUGGUUAUGGUGAUCGGCAACCUGGUGGUAUUGAACCUCUUUCUGGCCCUGCUUCUAAGCUCCUUCAGCGCCGACAACCUGGCUGCCACAGACGAUGACAGUGAGAUGAACAACCUGCAGAUUGCUGUGGGUCGCAUCCAAAAAGGCAUCGCUUUUGUAAAGUCUGCACUGAGGCAGUUCUUGCAGAGCCUCUUCCUGGCAGGCGCCAAACCGGGAGCCCAUGACGAGGAAAAGCCGCUGGAGGACCUGCACAGUGACGGCAAGGAGAACUGCUUGACCAACCAUGCGCCCGUGGUUGUCGACCUGGGCAAGGACUUUAUAAAAGAGGGCUGUGUCUCACCUAGCAAUGGAGUUGAAAGCCAUGGGAAGUACAGCAUUGAGGAAGGGGAUUACAUGUCAUUUAUUCACAAUCCCAGCCUUACGGUUACCGUGCCCAUAGCUGUGGGUGAGUCCGACUUUGAGAAUCUGAACACGGAGGAUUUCAGCAGUGAAUCGUCUGAUGUGGAGGGCAGCAAAGAGAAGCUCCCAGUGGACACAGUUCUCAGUUCUUCUGAGGGAAGCACAGUGGACAUCAGACCCCCAGGAGAGGGGGCAGAAUCAAUUGAGUUAGAACAAGAAGAGUCACUGGACCCCGAGGAUUGCUUUACUGAAGGUUGUGUAAUGAGGUUUCAGUGCUGUCAGGUGGAUGUGGAUAAGGGACGAUGGAGAAGCUGGUGGACUUUAAGAAAAACCUGCUUCAUCAUUGUAGAGCACAACUGGUUUGAGUCCUUCAUCAUCUUUAUGAUCCUGUUGAGCAGUGGUGCUCUGGCAUUUGAGGAUAUCUACAUAGAGCAACGAAAGACCAUCAAGACAGUACUGGAAUAUGCUGACAAAGUUUUCACCUAUAUCUUUAUCCUGGAAAUGUUACUGAAGUGGGUGGCGUAUGGCUUUGUCAAGUACUUCACCAACGCCUGGUGCUGGCUCGACUUUCUUAUAGUAGACGUGUCAUUGGUCAGUCUGAUUGCCACUGCUCUGGGAUACUCUGAGCUAACUGCCAUUAAAUCACUGAGGACUUUGAGGGCUUUGAGACCACUAAGAGCACUAUCACGCUUUGAGGGCAUGAGGGUUGUAGUCAACGCUCUACUGGGUGCGAUCCCAUCCAUCAUGAAUGUGCUGCUGGUUUGUCUGAUCUUCUGGUUGAUCUUUAGCAUCAUGGGCGUGAACCUGUUUGCCGGAAAGUACUACCAUUGUGUUAACAGCACUACAGAUGAGCUUUUCCACAGCAGCGUGGUAAACAACAGGAGUGAAUGUCUGGCUCUGGAGGAUGGUGCCCGCUGGAAAAACGUCAAGAUUAACUUUGACAAUGUGGGAGCCGGCUACCUGGCCCUGCUACAAGUGGCCACGUUUAAAGGCUGGAUGGACAUCAUGUACGCUGCAGUAGACUCUCGUAAUCUGAAGGACCAGCCAGUGUAUGAAGUAAAUCUGUACAUGUACCUGUACUUCGUCAUCUUCAUCAUUUUUGGCUCUUUCUUCACCCUCAACCUCUUCAUUGGUGUCAUCAUUGAUAACUUUAAUCAACAAAAGAAAAAGUUUGGAGGUCAGGAUAUCUUCAUGACAGAAGAACAGAAGAAGUACUACAAUGCCAUGAAGAAGCUUGGCUCAAAGAAACCACAGAAACCCAUUCCUAGACCCACAAACAAGCUCCAAGGCCUCGUUUUUGACUUGAUCACCAAACAAGCCUUUGAUAUCAUUAUUAUGAUCCUGAUCUGCCUGAACAUGGUGACGAUGAUGGUGGAGACUGAUGAUCAGACGGAGGACAUGAGCAACAUUCUGUAUUGGAUUAACCUAGUCUUCAUUGUUCUCUUUACAAGUGAAUGUGUUCUGAAGAUGUUCUCACUGAGACACUACUUCUUUACCAUUGGAUGGAACGUGUUCGAUUUUGUGGUUGUGAUUCUGUCUAUUGUCGGUAUGUUCCUUUCAGAUGUGAUUGAGAAGUAUUUUGUGUCCCCUACCUUGUUUCGAGUCAUCCGAUUGGCCAGGAUUGGACGAAUCCUUCGACUUAUCAAGGGAGCCAAAGGCAUUCGCACUCUUUUGUUUGCUUUAAUGAUGUCACUUCCUGCUUUGUUCAACAUUGGGCUUCUGCUUUUCUUGGUCAUGUUUAUCUACGCCAUUUUUGGCAUGUCAAACUUUGCCUAUGUAAAGCACGAGGCUGGCAUUGAUGACAUGUUCAACUUUGAGACAUUUGGCAACUCCAUGCUGUGCCUCUUCCAGAUCACAACGUCAGCUGGCUGGGAUGGUCUGCUGGCCCCGAUACUGAACAAGCAAAAGCCAGACUGUGACAGUGACGCUGAGCAUCCGGGCAGCUCUUACCGUGGUGACUGUGGCAACCCCUCAGUUGGCAUCUUCUUUUUCGUUAGCUAUAUUAUUAUUUGUUUCCUGAUUGUCGUCAACAUGUACAUCGCUGUCAUCCUGGAGAACUUCAGUGUGGCCACGGAGGAAAGUGCCGAGCCUCUGAGUGAGGAUGAUUUCGAGAUGUUCUAUGAGGUGUGGGAGCGCUUUGAUCCGAACGCCACCCAGUUUGUCGAGUAUGACAAGCUGUCCAAUUUUGCAGAUGCCCUGGACCCUCCACUGCGCAUUCCCAAGCCAAAUAAGAUUCCGCUAAUUGCCAUGGACCUUCCAAUGGUUAGUGGUGACCGUAUCCACUGCCUGGACAUCUUGUUCGCCUUUACCCUGCGUGUACUUGGUGAAGAGGGUGAAAUGGAUGCCUUGCGUGGUCAAAUGGAGGACCGUUUCAUGGCUUCCAACCCAUCCAAAGUGUCCUAUGAGCCUAUUACCACCACCCUACGCCGUAAACAGGAAGAGAUGUCAGCCGUAAUUAUACAGCGAGCCUUUCGGUGCUACCGGAUCCGGAUGACGGUGAAGAAGGCUUCGGAUAUGUAUCGGCGGCGGUUGCAGGAAAACGACGAACCGCUUCUUGAGAAGGAGGUACUGGUGAUUGGCAAGUUCCCAGAUAACUCGGCGUCAGACAAAACAGACAUGACGCCAUCAUCAGCUUCACCUCCGUCAUACAACAGCGUGGCGAAGUCGGAAAAGGACAAGUAUGAAAAAGAGAGGCGAGAAAAAGAAAACAUUGCAAAAGACACACGAGAAAAAAAGAAAUGAAAGCAAAUGUAUGAACAAGACAGUGAAAUGACUAGAAGGACUGUAACAGGGACUACUGUUUCAGUGAGUUUACAAUUCUAAUAAGAACCUUGCUCUGGACAUCCUGGCAAGGUUUUGAGCCUCAAUGCCAAAUUGAGCAUGUGUAAGUGUAUCACUGUGUCCUGUAGUGAGAUAUGUGUGUGAACACGGAGAAUGACCAGGAUGUGAUGUGGCAGAACGGACAAUGUCAGUGUAACCACACAAACACAAAUACACAAUGUCUUGUGGACACACACAUACACUAAAGAGAAGUGACUCUGACUGUUAUGACAGACUGUAAAGUUGAAGAAUGGGUGUUGCGAGGCUUUAAGUGUCUUCGGGUGGUCGGGAGGUGUCUUUUCGUUUUGAGUGUUGUCCAACAAUCCUGAGGAUGGUAGGAAUUUGUUACAUGGGUCAUCAGUAGGUAGUACUGCGACUGCUACUGGUGUUCUUGUUCUUGAGUGGCGUAUUAUUAUAUACCUGCACCUUUUUGUUACAUUAGCUCAUUUUGUAAAAUUCUGUUAAAAUUUUCUACUCUCAUGUUUGAUUGUGAACUGUUUCAUCAAAGGGCAAGUCUGUCAUGAAAAUUGUAAGAACAUUUACGAUGGUUUAUCUUAUUCAACAAAGCAUACACGUGGACUAUAUUUUACUGCCUUUGGGAUAGUGGGAAUGUUUUAUAUAACCAUAGCUAGGGAUGUACUGCAGCGCUGCCUUAUUCAUCUAAAAUUAUACAGGAAUUCUAAAAUGAGCUUGUAUUGCAAAAUCUGAUUCAGCAUUGCCAGUGCCUCUCUAAGGUGGUCAUGCACGUGUUAUGAAGAUAACACAUAACAAACCUUCUUGCUAAGUAAAAUAUCAUUGACAGACAUCUAGCACCCUGAAUGUCCACUUAUUUGAAUGACCGGUAGAACAAAAUCUGUAAACUUAAGUUUAUUAAAGAUCACUGUAACUAUAGAGUGUUCAGUAGCUGCUACAACUGUACAUUAAUCUUACUAUUGUAAUACCUAACAAGCUCCAUACAGUAAUUUAACCUUACUGAAUGUUUCUAUGCCUGAAAGAUGAUUUUUACAAUUUAUCUUUACAAUUUGGUCUCCUGGUUUUAUUGGAUCAAAAGUGUGAUAUCUUCCACAGCAGACAAUCUGUUCUGGAAAGCUGAGAGGUCUAACGAGCGAUCAACACAAAUGCCUAUCGUCAAAACCACAGAGCUAGUAUUGGUUCAUUCAGAUAUCACGGUUAUGACUCGUAUCAGCUCUUCUGUUAGAACUUGUGACUCGGUGGUGAUUCUGUAUGUACAUAUCGGCACUCUGUAUCUCACCUCUGUACUGACACUGUAGAGGAGCACUUUUUUACACCAACUAAAACUGCCAUCUGAAUGCAUAUUAUCUGUGUGUGUGUCUGUGUGAACCUGUGUGAGUGUGUGCAUUCAUGCAUAUAUGUAUGAGUGUAUAUACACAAGUUACCGAAAGAGAUAUAUAGUUUAUAUGUGUGAGACAGAAAGCUAGUAUAUGUGACUGUACUGGGACCAGCAUCGAUGUGCUUUAUUCCCAUUCUCUUGUUCAAUGUUCAUACUGUAAAUAGUAGUUUGAAGCUCAUCGUUUUUUUGUUUUUUUUUAACAACUAAUUUGUUUACAUUUUUUGCACAGUGCUACAGUAUGUGUGAGGGCCAGGUCCCUAAUUUAAAUGUAAAUAUAAAUUUAUGAAGCAAUCAGUGGUCGUCAUAAUUCAUUCGUAGUGUUGUAGUAAACUGCAUGCACUAUACUAACCAACUUCAUGGUGACAUUAUUUUAAAAAGCCAAAAGAAUAAAGAUCAUAUUUUUUGUACCAAAGUAUACUUAAUUUCAACAUUA